AUGAUAUAUUACGACUGCUGUCCACUUCUGACGGGUCGUGUCAAAAGACCGGAUCAAUUGUUGCCGUAUUUCGUACUCGACAUCUUCGAAGACGACUAUCCGGGUAUUCCGGGCGCGUUCGUGGGUCUGGUGUUUGGCAGCUCUUUGAGUACUUUAUCGUCGGGUAUAAACGGGUACCGCAGGUAUUCAUACCGUAAUGUGGCAAAGGAGAGCAAAAACAUAGUGGAGGCGGCGGUUAUGCUCUACGGCGGGUCCGCCGGACCCCUCUUAGGUCUAUUCUCUUUGGGUCUAUUCAUUCCGUGGGCUAACGCUAUUGGAGGCGCCGCCGCUCUGAUUCUCGGACAAGUCGUAUGCUUUUGGAUAACAAUCGGUUCGGUGGCCGACAAAAGAGAUCCAGCGACUAUGGGUUUGGCGCUGACAACUGUGGGCUGCGAAGCGCUCAACAUAUCCAACCCCUAUAAUAUUCCGGGCGCGCCCUUGGCUUUCAUGCAGUCAUAUAAAAUACCUCGUUAUCAUCCAAAAGGUAUUGAUAUAGUCCAUCACAUUUCUCCAUUCUUCGUGCCGUUCAUCGGUUUCUUUGUGUCACUAAUUGUGGGAAAUAUCGUAAGUUUGGCGACAAAAGGCAAUAAAGGACGGCGUUUAGACAAAAACCUGAUUAACAUCACUGCCUGUUAUUAUUUGGAGAAACUGUUGCCCGAGAGUUGGCGUCAGUUGCAGAACGACAGACCCGGCCGUCAAUCCAGAGAUGACCCGAUUAAUGGCCAAUCGGUGGGCAAACCGAUGGUCGCAAUGCGGGAAAUGGGCCGUCGAUUGGACGGCGCCGAUGGCGACGAAGACAUCGCUCACGAAGACGACCAAUCGAUGGCCAACCCGUUGCGAAACGACAACUUUUACCCCCGAUCUGUAUCACCGAUGACUCGCACACAUUUCCAUAAGUUAUACGAAAUUUACAGGCAUGACACAAUGUCUGACCAUUUCGGUGCCGUAGACUAUGUGGUGUUCAUCGGUAUGUUAAUGGUGUCCACAAUCAUAGGGCUAUACUAUGCGUGGAAAGACCGCAACAACACUGAUGAAGACGAGUUCCUGAGGGGGGGCAAACAUAUGUCGAUACUUCCGGUUACCAUAUCGAUUAUGGCCAGUUUCCUGCCGAGCACUGCGUUCAUAGGCUUUCCAACAGUGGUGUACGCGACGGGAACCAUGUUGUACUUUAUCAUAAUACCAGCCAUUUUGGCCGCAUUCAUAGCCUGCGAGCUCUUUAUUCCCUAUUUACAAGUCUUAGCGAAUAUAUCGGCGCUGUUAUGUAUGAUACCAUUCUUCGGGGUUGAGCUAUUCGCGCCAUCCAUAGCCCUAUCAAUUGUCACCGAUAUGUCCAUCACAUCAAGCAUUUUAGUCAUCGGUUUUAUUGUUACAAUAUAUACCUCAUUGGGUGGUCUAAAGGGUGUCAUAUGGACCGACUUCUUCCAGUUCUGUGUUAUGAUCUUAGGACUAAUGGCUGUUGUUAUCAGAGGCGCAAACAUAUCGGGAGGAAUGGCCAAUGUUUUCGAGAGGGCUCACGCGGGCGGACGUAUCGAGUUCUGGAACAUGGACUUUGACAUCUAUUCAACAAGCUCAUUUUGGGUUAUGAUGCUGGGCUUCAUAGUGCUAUACAGCGGCACAUUUAGCACCAAUCAAAUGCAAAUACAACGGGUUGUAUGUAUGCCUAAUCUUCGGGCCGCUAAGAGAGCCCUAUACUUCGCGACACCCGGUUAUGUACUGGUCAUUGUGUUGUGCCUGACAACCGGUGUUAUGAUGUUUGCCAGAUAUUACGACUGCUGUCCACUGGUUACCGGUCGCGUCAAACGUCCGGAUCAAAUGCUACCGUUCUUCGUGCUGGACAUCUUUGAGGGCGACUAUCCGGGUCUUCCCGGAAUGUUCGUGGCUCUGGUUUUUGGCAGCUCUUUGAGUACUCUGUCGUCGGGUCUAAACGCCAUGGCGUCCAUUAUUUGGGACGAUUACGCCCGCAAAGUGNUGAGUACUCUGUCGUCGGGUCUAAACGCCAUGGCGUCCAUUAUUUGGGACGAUUACGCCCGCAAAGUGUUUCACUUCUUGCCCGAUAAGUACAGCGUUUACGCCACUAAACUGUUGGCCAUUUUGAUUGGCAUUGUGUCCAUAAGUAUGGCGUUUGUGGCCAAAGAGACCCAAAACAUAGUGGAGGCGGCGAUUAUGCUUUACGGCGCGUCCAAUGGGCCCCUCUUUGGCCUCUUCUGUUUGGGUCUAUUCUUUCCGUGGGCUAACGCUAUCGGAGGCGCCGCCGCUCUCAUCGUCGGACAGAUUAUAUGCUUUUGGAUUACAAUCGGAUCCGUUUCGGACAAGAGAGACCCGACGACUAUGGCGCUGGCCUUAACCACAGUGGGCUGCGAUGCGCUAAACAUCACUUAUUACAGCCAAAACAUUACGGACGUGCCCUUGGCUUUCAUGCAAGCAUAUAAAGUACCACGUUAUCACCCCAAAGGCAAUGACAUAAUCCAUCACAUCUCGCCAUUCUUCGUGCCGUUCAUCGGUUUCUUUGUGUCACUAAUUGUGGGAAAUAUCGUAAGUUUGGCGACAAAAGGCAAUAAAGGGCGGCGUUUAGACAAAAACCUGAUUAACAUCACUGCCUGUUAUUAUUUGGAGAAACUGUUGCCCGAGAGUUGGCGUCAGUUGCAGAACGACAGACCAGUGCGUCGGGUCAGAGACGUCCACUCGUCGCCCAAUAAUCAGCCGACAGACAAACCGAUGGUCGCUAUGCGACAACUGAAUCGCCGUUUGGGCGUAACCGACGACAACGGCGACGAAGACCAAGAGAUAGUGAAUCCGUUGCGCAACGACCAGACGGCCAACAUUUAUCCCCGAAUACCACCGAUCGCUCGCACAAACGUAUAG